AAUAAAAAAUGGCAAACACCAUAACAGAUUGUUACCCAUCUUCCUGUGUACCGAUGACAACGUAUUAGGGCAAAAAUGUGACCUUUCUUGAUAGCAUAUUACCCGUCUGCGUUCCGAAGGAGAUCAGGGCAGAUAUCGAAGAAAAUUUCAUUUCAUGAACGACGAAGAUACUCAUCUUACAAAAGCGUCUCUGUUCCUCAUCUCUAUUUCUUGAUUUUGAUUCGCAGAGCCAGAUUUAUCAAAACCAGCAUAUCAUAUAACGAUGCUGUUCUGAUUCAGAAAUAUCAUGAUCAACUCUGUAACGGUAAUGAAAGAGUAAGUCAGACGAUGAUUCGAUCUUAAAUAUUUAUACUUACAACACCAUGCUGUUGAUUUCAUUGUUCUGAAAGUUUACUUGUAAUCAUAAGUUGACUUCUGCAACCUCAUACACUUUUUUGAUGCCGGCUUCUUCAGUUUUUGACUUUCAAUUUUCAGUUUUAGACUAUUUACAUGUCCCCUGUUGAGUUUUAUCCAUGUUUCUGCAGAUGUCUGGUUCUCAAAAUAGACUUUUUGUAAUAUGCAAGUUAAGUUGUAAUUACAGUGACAUGGUUGCUUUAAAUAUCAAAGAUUGGCAGUUAUUUUCAUUCCAUUACUGUAUGAAAACUUUCAUAAGCAUAUUAAUACAUAUACACAUUCAGUGGUUAUAUCAUAAUUUGUGUAAGGAUGUUGGAUUUAAUCUCUAGAACUAUGUCAAAAGUCAAAACAGAUUGGCAUGUAAAACACCCCAAUUUUCAAAUUUAGAUCACUGUUCUUGAGCCAAGAAGUGGAUCUAUAUGAGUCAAACAAUAACUAGUCUAAGAUUUAUUAUCACUUUAUCAGCACAUCUAUUAGAUCAUAUGAUAUGUUGUUCUGUAGGAACUGUGUAGGCAAUCUGUUAUACCAAUUUUGUGCUGCAUUCUGUAAAUGGAAACCCAGGGAUUCUUUUUGCAUUUUGAUGUCACAUUGUACUUAUCAUGGAAGUUUUAUUCUUUAUAUAUGAAUAAUCAUAUGCUUAAUAAAUAUAUUCUCCAUCUGACAUUCUUUCUUAUGUUCGACCAAUUGCCUCAAUGAGAACAUGCAUUUAGUGUUUUGAUUAAUUGAAUUUGGUUAUCUAGAUAUCUUUUCAUAAUUGUUAAUUACAUCAGUUCUCUGUACAUUGUGGGAGUUUUUUCUUCCUUUCUUUUUUUUUUUUUUUUUUCUUUUUCAAAAAACCAUGGUAUGUUACACCUUUCUGCCAAUGUGGCACCUAAGGAUUUGAUAUACAUACGUGUCACUAAGGAGUUAAUAGUACAGUUGUCCAAAAUCAUUGAACAUAUAAGGCUAGAAGAGAAAGCAAAAAUACCAAUACUCAAUAAGAAGCCUUUGUUCUAUAGAAUUAGGGCUCAAUUCAAAGGCAACUCAAACACUCAAACCCUCAAAACACCAUUUCUACAUUUUUGAUCUUUCUCUUGUGAACACCGAAUUCCUUUGAAUCAAUCACACAACUUUUGCCCCAAAUAAAAAUGGGGAGAAGGAAAUCAAUUAAGCUUUCAAAUAUGGCACCAGAAGACUUGAAUGAUGAUGAUCGAAUAAGUCGUCUUCAUGAUGAUCUUAUUCAUCAUAUCUAUUCAUUCAUGGACACACGAUUUGCAGUUCAAACUAGUCUUUUAUCAAGAAGAUGGAGAGAAACAUGGAAAUCCUACCGCUUUCUCAACUUCAAGAUCGAACGCCCAAUUGAUCACAAAACAGGUAUCAAAUUCCCCAAUUUCAUCCACCGAUUUUUCUCAGAUCGUGAUCACAAAUCAGAAAUUACCACAAUUGACUUCCAAUCAAAUUCCAUCAAGCUUUCAAAUCUCAAAGAAACAAUAAUCUACGCAAUGUCACACAGAACCCAAAAGGUAAACAUUGAGUUCUUGAGUGAUAAACUAACCAGACGUGGUGGAUUGGAUAUAUCUUUAUUUAGAUCUCAAUUCCUUCAAGAUCUUCAUUUGAGUAUCGAUUUUGAGCUAAUGAUAUCUCCAUCUUUGACUUGGGAUUUACCUUCUUUGACUAGCUUGAAUCUUGAAGGUGUUACAUUUACACUUAAUCCUCCUCCUCCUCCUACUGAUAGUAAGUGUAAAUCCAUUGAUUUGUUUUCCCAUUUUCCAAAUCUGAAAACUCUUGUUUUAAUUGGUUGUCGAUUAUCAAACAUUGAUACUUUCAUCAUCACAUCAAAUUCAUUACACAAUCUGAGUCUGAUAGAUCUUAAUCACAAUUCUGAGUUUAUACUCACAGCACCAAAUCUCUCAUCUUUCACUUACCAUGGUAUGGCCCGCUUUUCAUUAUCAGUCAAGAAUCUUGAUUCAUUACAAACAGUAAACUUUCACACAAUAUAUUAUAGAGCUCUUCAGAAGCAACCAGAGCUUGUUGAAUUGAUGAUCAAGGCUUUCGAACAGCUUCAUAAGGCGAAGUUUCUUGCUAUAAAUUCAGAUGUUGUGAGGUUUCUUUCGGUGUUCCCUGAAGUAGUUGAAAGAAGAAGAUGCCCCUUUAGGAGUUUGACAAGUUUGACUUUGGUUGAACAUCGGUUGCCUCCUUCAUCGAUUGUGUUUUCUGAUGUUAUUGAUUAUUUUCGUAGCAGUUCUCCAGGUGUUAAAGUUAAUGUUGAAAUUGGUGUAGCGGCUUCAUGGAAGAUUUGUUGGGUUGACUGCUUGUAGGGGUUGAAGAAAUCAAGAAAAUCAUUGUCAUGUAAGGUUCAUGGAAGAUUCAGUUAAUGAAGUUGUUCUGGUUUAUGCCCUUUGGUUUGGAGUUUGAUGGUUGUUUUGUGUGUGCAUAAGUUGGUGAAAGCAGUGUGAUAUGAUAGUCAAACAUAUAAACUUGUUUUUGUUUUGUUUUAGGAUUCUGGAUUUCCCUUUCGAAGUUAUGUUGUUUCUGUUUUAGGUUAUUUUGUUUUCUGAAAUGCUACAUAGGUUGUUGUGUCUAGGAGAUGGUUUUUGUUUUGUGCUUCUCAUCUUGUUUAUAGUUGUUUAAGUAAUUGUGGGAUUUCUUAUGGAUGAUAUAGAGCUCUUAAAUUCAAAUUU